AUGGAAAUGAUCUCGUUCAAUGUCGACCAUGGCUUUCUCGAAGGAGUAGUUCGUGGUUACUGUACAUCUCUUCUCGCUUCAAAUCACUAUCAGUCUUUGACUCAAUGUGAAACGCUUGAUGAUUUCAAAAUGCAACUUUCAGCAACAGACUACGGCAAUUUCCUUCAAAACGAACCUUGGCCUAUUUCCACCUCGACCAUUGCCGACAAAGCGACACGGAAACUCGUCUCGGAAUUCGAAUAUCUUAGGACUAAUGCUGUUCAGCCUCUUUCCAAGUUCCUCGAUUAUAUGACGUAUGCGUAUAUGAUCGACAAUGUCAUCCUUCUUAUUACCGGUACACUUCAUCAACGUGACACGCACGAACUCUUGCAAAGAUGCCAUCCACUCGGCUUAUUCGAUACAAUGCCUGCACUGUGUGUAGCUACCACUGUGGAGGAGUUGUACAACUCGGUCUUGGUCGAAACACCUUUGGCGCCGUAUUUCCGCGAUUGUAUUUCGGCUUCAGAUCUGGAUGAUUUGAACAUCGAAAUCAUUCGAAACACUCUUUACAAGGCCUACCUCGAAGAUUUUUACUCCUUUUGCCAGAGCUUAGGCCCAACGACAAAGGAGACCAUGUCUCAGUUGUUGAGCUUCGAAGCCGAUCGUAGAACGAUCAAUAUCACUAUCAACUCUUUCGGUACGAGCCUUGGUAAGGAGGAUAGAGCAAGGUUGUUUCCCAGUAUUGGAAAGUUGUUUCCAGCGGGGAAUAACAUUUUAGCUAAAGCAGACGAAUUGGAUCAGGUCAAGAGCGUUUGCGAUGCUAUUCCUGAAUACCGUUCUUUCUUCGAUAGCUCCACUCAAAGUGGUGGCGCAGCAGCCAACGGAGCUGUAGAGGCAAACGCAGAUAUGUUGGAAGAUAAAAUGUUCAAGUUGGAGGUUCAUCUCAAUAGGAUGCUCACCAUUACGCAGUUUCAGUUUGGUAUCUUUUACGCAUGGUUGAAACUCAAGGAACAGGAGAUUAGAAGCAUCACUUGGAUCGCAGAAUGUAUUGCUCAGAAUGCUAGGGAUCGCAUCUCUGACUUUAUUCCUCCUAUCUAA